AUGCAGUACAAGUCUCUCGCAACCCUCCUCCUCGCCAGCAUGGCCAUGGCCGCCCCGGCCGACACCAACUCGGCUCUUGAAUCCGGAGACGCCGAGCUCGCAAAUAUCAUUCCCCCCUCCAUUGCCGUGGUUCUCGCAACCGCCGUCCCAACCUCAUUCUGGGCCGAGGCCACCAACACCGCUGCUUUCCUUUCCCAAGUCGAGCAAGGAAUUGUCUCCAACUCCUGGCCAACAUGGUACAGCAGCCUUCCCGACAGCGUGAAGGAGUAUGUCACUACUGCAGUUGAGGGCUACUAUCCUUCCUUCGCAUCGUCCAUCUCCGCCGAGAUCACUAGCUCCGGCGCCAGCAGCUCCAGCCCUGGCACUGCCUCUGCCACCUCCACCAGCGCUUCCAGUUCUGGUGCCUCCAGCUCCGGCGCGUCUAGCUCUGGAGCUUCGUCCUCUACCGAUUCUACCUCUGCUACGGAUUCAUCUUCCUCCUCUACUGCCACUGGCUCGGACGCUGCUUCGUCCUCGGCUGCGGCUUCGGCUUCGGCGUCCGGCUCUGCUGCAUCUACCACUUCCGGUGGUGGUGCCGCCCCUACUGGUAUCGCUGUGAGCCUUGCUGGCGCCGCUGGUGUUCUGGGUCUUGCUCUCGCCUUGUAA